UAUCUUCGCCAGUCUCCCCCUCUCUCUCUCUCCCUGAGCUUGGUGGAUGCUCAGUAAUAUUUGUACAGAGGCUGCGGAGGGAUACUGGUGUUGCUCUCUCUCUCUCUCUUUCUCUUAUCCAGACACUAACUUGGAGUUUGUGGCUGGGCGCAUUGAUCAGGUCUGCUUGCUGGGGGUGUGCUGAGGCUCAGACUGUCACUCAUUCUCUGAUCAGUGCCUGCACACAGCUUACUGAGCAGCUGGCAAUCCACUCGAAUAUAAAGAAUUAUUUUUUCUUUGCGAAAAACACUCAAUCUGAAAAACAAAAAAAGGGGAAAAAAGAGGAAACAAAAUCAAUCAAGACCCCAUUUUACCACCAUUGCACCAAAUCCAGCAUUUGCAACAAAAGGGGAUCUUAAACGCCUCGGAUCAUCUUUGGAGCCCAUCAUUGAUACAGGAGCAGCAGGAGGAAUUCCUGGCUCUGCAGACUUACAAUGCUGCACACUAAGGAUCUCAUCUGGACUUUAUGUUUCCUCGGAGCUGCAGCAGCCCUAGAAGUUACAAUAGUUCCCGAACAAGGAGAAAUAGCCCUGGAGGAAUCUAAAUUCUUCUUAUGCCAAGUAACUGGUGAGGCUUCAGAAAUCUACUGGGAAUCACCUUCUGGAGAAAGACUGAACAACCAACAGCAGAUCUCAGUAAUAAGAAGUGAUGACUAUUCAUCCACUCUUACUAUAUACAAUGCCAGCAUUCAAGAUGCUGGGACCUACAAAUGUAUCGCUACCGGUCCAGAAGGAAGAGGAGAAAGCACUGUUAAACUUCAGAUUUAUCAGAAAUUGACAUUCAAGAAUGCACCCACCCCGCAAGAGUUUAAUGAAGGAACAGAUGCUGUUAUCAUUUGUGAUGUAUCAAGUUCUAUGCCAUCCAUUAUCAUCUGGAAACACAAAAGCAGAGAUGUAGCUUUUAAAAAAGAUGUUCGAUUUGUUAUGCUGUCCAACAAUUACCUGCAAAUUCGGGACAUUAAAAAGACAGAUGAAGGAACUUAUCGAUGUGAAGGACGGAUCCUAGCACGUGGAGAGAUCAACUUCAAGGAUAUCCAAGUCGUAGUGAAUGUUCCUCCUACAGUGGAAGCCAAACAACUGACAAUAAACGCCACAGCCAACUUGGGAGAGUCUGUUACUUUGGGCUGUUUAGCUGAUGGCUUUCCUGAGCCUGAAAUAAGCUGGACAAAGAAAGGAGAACUGAUAGAAGAAGUUGGUGAUAAAUACACCUUCAAUGAAGACAUGUCAGAGAUGACUAUUCAUCGUGUGGAAAAAGAUGAUGAAGCUGAGUAUAUCUGUAUUGCUGAAAAUAAAGCUGGUGACAAUGAAGCUACCGUUCUCCUGAAAGUCUAUGCAAAACCCAAAAUCACCUAUGUUGAAAACAAGACUGCAGUGGAGCUGGAUAAUGAGAUCACCCUUACAUGUGAAGCCUCUGGAGACCCACUACCCAGCAUCACUUGGAGAACAGCUACCAGAAACAUCAGUGAGGAGGAUAAGGCUUCGUGGACACGGCCCCACAAAAAAGAGACUUUUGAUGGACGAAUAGUGGUACAGGGACAUAUCAGGAUGUCCUCUCUCACUCUUAAGGACAUCCAGUACACCGAUGCCGGCGAGUAUUUUUGCAUUGCUAGUAACACCAUUGGACAAGACACACAAGCCAUGUACUUUGAAGUUCAGUAUGCUCCCAAAAUUAAGGGUCCAGUGGUGGUUUACACCUGGGAGGGAAAUUCUGUAAAUAUCACUUGCGAGGUGCUUGCCUACCCUACUGCAAGAGUGUCCUGGCUCAGGGAUGGACAACUUCUGCCAAGUUCUAACUUCUCCAACAUCAAGAUUCACAGCAGUCCUUUAGCCAGCAGCCUUGAGAUAAACCCAGACUCUGAAAGUGAUUUUGGAAACUAUAAUUGUACUGCAGUCAACAGUGUUGGUCAAGAGUCUUCUGAGUUCAUUCUUGUACAAGCAGAGACCCCAUCAUCACCAACUAUUCUCAAGGUGGAAUCUUAUUCUAGCACAGCUAUGGUUGAGUUUGAAGAACCAGAUUCCACUGGUGGAGUGCCCAUUCUUAAGUACAAGGCAGAGUGGAGAGCAACAGGAGCAGAGACAUGGCAGACUGCCAAUUUCAGUGCCCGGGAUGAGAGUUCAGAGAGUUCUCUUACAAUAACUGGACUCAGGCCAGAAACAUCUUAUGUUGUGAAACUAUCAGCUAUCAAUGGCAAGGGUAUUGGCGAAUCAUCUCCACUCUUUGAAUUUAUCACCCAGCCAGUUCAUAUUUUACAUCCACGGGAACCAAGUGCUCCAAAGUUGACAGGCCGUGUUGGAGAUGAUGGGAACUCAUUUAAAGUUGUCUUGAUCAAGCAGGAUGAUGGUGGCUCCCCUAUCCGCCACUACAUUGUCCGUUACAGAGCUAAAAAUUCCCUGGACUGGAAACCGGAGACUAAGAUAGCCUCAGAAAGUGACCACAUCACGCUGCGAUCUCUAGACUGGAAUGCUGAGUAUGAAGUUGUUGUGGUAGCUGAGAAUCAGCAGGGGAAGUCAAAGGCAGCUAUCUUCAAUUUUCGAACCACAACAAAGCCCACAAUUAUUCCAGCUACCACAAGCACCAACACUGGACUGAGUAUGGGAGCCAUUGCGGGUAUCCUCAUUGUGGUCUUUGUUCUUCUCUUGGUGGCUGUUGAUGUGACCUGCUACUUCCUGAACAAAUGUGGUCUGCUUAUGUGUAUUGCUGUCAAUUUCUGUGGAAAGGCUGGACCAGGAGCCAAGGGCAAGGACAUUGAAGAAGGAAAAGCAGCUUUUUCGAAAGAUGAGUCUAAAGAGCCCAUUGUUGAGGUGCGAACAGAAGAGGACAGGACACCAAACCAUGAUGGAAGCAACCAAACAGAACCCAAUGAGACCACUCCAUUAACAGAGCCUGAGCAUCCAGCUGACACCACAGCUACUGUUGAGGAUAUGCUGCCAUCUGUUACCACCGUCACAACUAACUCUGACACUAUUACUGAAACCUUUGCAACUGCACAAAACAGUCCCACCAGUGAGACCACCACUCUCACCUCUAGCUCAGCCCCACCACCCACAUCUGCUCCUGACUCAAACUCAGUUCAGUCCAGUCAGGCAACGCCUUCUAAAACAGAGGCAUCUUCGGCCUCCUUACCUCCAGCUGCAUCUUCUCCAAAAGUGGCUCCUUUAGUAGAUCUCAGUGAAACCCCAUCUACUAACAACCCAUCUACUACUGUAGCCAGUCCAGGGGGAGUCCUAAAUCCUACUGCUGCAACCACUGUAGCUGAGCCUCCAAAAGCAGUAGCCAGGCCUUCAGCUCCAGUUCCACCAAGUACCACUAGUCCCCCAGCUACUCCUGAAAAAGGGAAGCAGGAACCAUCAGGUACCAAAAGCCCAGAAAAAGAAGCAGCACAGACCAGCACAGUGAAAAGUCCAACGGAGGCUACUAAGAGUGAGGCAGCUUCUGUCAGCAACACAAAUCCCUCCCAGGGUGAGGACUUUCAAAUUGAUGGGGGGACCUUCAAGACUCCAGAAAUUGACCUUGCAAAGGAUGUUUUUGCAGCUCUUGGAACUUCUUCUUCUGCCGCUGUGGCUAGUGGGAAAGCUCCUGAGCUGGCUUCUUCCACUGCAGACACCACUGUACCGCCUGCUUCAUCAAAGACCGAGAAGGCCCCUGUAGAAGAGAACUCUAAGCCAGAAGAAUCAGACACUAAGAGCACCCCAGCAGAAGUGAAAACAGUCCCCAAUGAAGCCACUCAAACAAACGCGAACGAGAGUAAAGCAUGAUUUGUCCUCGGGGGGUGGGAAAGUGUUAAAUGGGAAGGGGAAAGUGGAUACUAAAAAAUAAUGUCUGAAGAGCCUCAUGCUAGCCAUUUACAGAGUGAGGUACAUACACACAAACACUUCAUCAUUCCUCUCCAAUCUUGGCCUUUGUUGUUAUUAUUAUUUUUGUUUUGUUGCGUUUUUUUUUUCUUUCAAUAAAACCUGUAUGUUUUUGUGAGAUUGUAGAAAGGAUUCACCUUUUGUGUAUAUGCUUUUUAUGAACAAAGUCAAGUGGUAAAGUGUUGAUAUGAGAUAUUCCAUGCAAUGCCCCCCACCCCCAACAAAAAAAAAAGAUUCCCCUUUUUAUUUAUCAUGUGGGAAAGGAGAGGUGUAGACAGUUAAGACCAUUGCUUAUAGCUGUUCGUUAACUCGAGACAUCCAACAUGACCUUCAGCAACCAGGCAGAAUCUAAAUGUUAUCAAAAUAAAUACACUAAGCAAAAUGUCAGUCAAUGUUUUGCCCCGAACUUUUGAGCUGUAGAAACUUGUUUUACUUGCAUGGCUGGCAGUGUGAGGAUUCAAUUGAUACAUCUGACCACUGUACAGGCAAAUAAAUGUUGGAAAAGAGAGAAAGAAAUAUGUAUGUGUCUUAUAAGUGAACAAUCUGCUUUAUUAGGUAAUUGGUAAAUACAGGAUAUGAAUGAAAACACGUUUGAUGGCCUUAUUGUCUGUUGUUUAUUCACUUUGUUGCUCUUUCUGUAACGGCUAUCAUAAAUGCACUCAAUCUUGUACCAAGUCAACACAACAUGGGUUUUGUCCGACAGAAAUCUUUUAUUUUUUUAUAUUGGAAUUACAACUUUAAUGCAGGAGAUUUCUGCAGAAGCUACUAUUGGUUGAGAUCAUCUCAUGGGCAAACUGGAACAAGAGACACAAUGAAAAAGACUUUUUGGUAAAUUUAGACUAAACAGGUGUUGUUGAUGUGACUGGUGCACUCCUAGGCAUGUGGCUACAUUGCCUUUUCGCAAUCCAGCCAAAGUGAUAAACGAUUGAAUAUAAAAUGAAUGUUGUUUUGAGCUUAUGAAAAACACUUUACGUUCCAUGUAGCUAGAUUGAACACUGGAUCUGGAAAAAAAAA